AUGCUGUUUCCUUACACACCAUACGAAACGGUAGCAUUUACUGCAGAGAAGCUAGCGUUUUCAGGUUUCCGUGGCCUUCUCUUGUCCGAGCUUUGGCAGGUGAUUCAGGAGGAGUUUAAGCAAGACAAGGAGUUGGAUGAUUUUCAAAAAGACACAGUUUGGAAGUGGCUCUUCUUUGACUACAGAGAUGAGCAGGGAAAUGAGGAGGUUAAGUUUUAUGUAACCUACGAUAAAGAACCAAUUGCUAUUGAAUACAAUUACCAAUCAUUCAUUGCUAAACAAGAACAACCCGCGAAAUUACGAGUUCUCCCAACAGAUGAGACCCAGUGUUAUUACCUAACUGGAGUGUCGAAUAACAAAAAGUUUAUCCUCACGCUUGGAGCAUUUCCGUAUCAAUUGUUGCAAGAGAUUGCCAGACACGGUGCGAAGGGAACGUGGGCGAGUGACUUGUCAGAAGCAACGGGACAAGACAAGCGAUCGAUGACGGGACGAUUGAAUAAACUAGAAGAAGCGGGGCUAAUUGUCAAAGAGCACAGAUUUUAUGAAGCAAAACGGAUUCAUAGUACGUGGGCAGUGCAUUACAAGUUUGGCGAUGCGUCCAAGUCUAAAAAUGGCGAUGAAGAGGAGGACGGAUUCGACCAUACACCGGUCAAGAUGCGGAAAUUUAUCAUGAAUUCGUUGAAGCAAGCUCAAAACAAUAUAAGAACGUUUAGAGACAUGAAAGUGGAGUUGAAAAUGAAUAGACACUCACAAGCUGCGCGGUUAUUUGGAUCAGUUAUUGAAAACUUGUGUGACAAUGGCUUUAUCGAGAGAAUCGAUGUACAAGACCAGGCUCAUCCUGCCAGAAAGCUUUAUGCUUUGAGACUUGUAAAAGACUUACCGAGCCUGAUUGUAGAAGGCGGAUACGAAUCAUGGGAGAAUCUUAGCACAAAGACAGCACAACAUUAUGAGAACAUUUUUGAUGGAGACGCCGUCACCGAGGAUGACGAACACUAUUUGACUGCAAGCUUUAAUGAUAUUUUCCCGCUCACUGCUCAAGUAUACGAAGCUGUUAAAAGCUCGGGCACACAAGGAAUAACCGCGAAGGAGAUUGUAACAUCAAUACUGGGUGACAUAAAACAUCGUCAAAUCACAAGGCUUCUUGAAAACAAUACCGACUUCUUAUACAAGGAUGGCGGAUUAGAGGCACUUUUACCCUACCCACCCGAGCACAGAAGCACUGCUAUAGUAAAACAAAGCGAGUCCGAUGGGCGGUUAAAGUUUUAUCGGUAUUAUUCUGUUGAUAAUUUCAAAGCCGAAGUGAUAAAAUCCCAUAAGAAGAAACGACCAGAGAGGAAGGUACUAGGAAAAUCUCUCGUCAAUUUGGAAAAGCAGUUUUACGUCAAGAUUGAAAAAAUGUCAAACGGACCAUUAUUAGUCUUGCCAGAUUCUUUAAAUCAAUCUAGCAAAUCGAAUAACCUGCGAGGCAACGUACCAGUACCGGGACCCGACUACCCUAGCGUUGCUACACUGCAAGGCACUGCCAUAAAGAAGAGAAACAAUGAACAAAUUAAUGAACUCGAUAGCUCUAUUCCCAAGAGGCGACGAUUACGCCAGAGAGCAUUAAGUGGGUUAGGCAAGUCUGUAUCCGUCGAUACUUAUGCUGAUGAGGACGCGUCAAUGGAUGAAGUCGAGGAUCUGAGUUAUGCUCCAGAUGACGGUAAGCACAAUGAUGAUGAUGAUGAUGAUGAUGUGGCAGAGGUAGAGACAGCUUCUGUGAAGGUCAAGACUGAAAAAACCUCGGAAGUGGGUGACAGUAUCACUGAGCUAUUAACCGAACAGGCACGUGACACUACUAAUACAGACACGCCAUCUAAUACGGAAACAUUUAAUCGUGUCUUCACUCCUCAGAUUUCUCACAGGCGGAAGAAUACUCGUUUUAAGAAAGAGGCGGAAAAGUCCAAGAUUGACGAAGCGGACAUCAAGGGUGCUUUCAGACGUGAGCAGUUCAUUCAAUUGAUUAUGGAAUUGGGUGGAGCAACAUUCACUAGUGCUAAACUUGGUCGAAUGCUUGACCAAAGAAUUCAGCUGGAAAAACCAACUGAUAUCAAAACAAUAGCCCGCGAUUUGAGCAAACUUACUCGGACCGGUUUGAUUGAAGUGCAAGUUAUCCCUAUGAUGCAAAGUGGACGGGAGAUCAAUCGUAGGUUAAUAAUCUUGAAUGAUCCAAAGCAUCGGCCACUGGAUGAGUUCAUCGAAAAGACCAAGUCAAAGAGCAAGGAGCCCAUUUCGAACGUAUCUGAGAAGAUGCAGAUGCGCCGCCGCCUUGUAGAGACCGAUUAUACACUCCUCAAUCCCAGAGAAGCUUUGAAGAGAAAUACCACGAGAUUGAAGUCGUUGAAUAGUAAAGAUACACUUCACAAGAGCCGUACUCGAGCAGUAACUAAAUCCAAAUCAGGCUAUGACAACGUUUUGGACUUUGGAACAACAUCGGGGUCCGUCUCGAAAUUUUCUGGAAAAUUUGAAGACCAAUUGGGCGAAUUUGAACUCGACACCUCGAAAUCCAAAGUCAAACUGGGAACUAAGGGAACCAAAGUCAAGCGGACAAAGCGAAAGGAGUAUAAGGGUCAGCGUAAAAAUCAUAAAAUCAAGACUCAAUUCGAAAUCAGCGACUUCACCACUUUAUUUCGCGCAAUUUGUAUUUGCAAAGCGUUCAACAAAUCCUUCAUCGAUUAUGAUCUAGUUGCAUCUUUAUUUAAAGAUACUGACACCAGAUCCUUGAAGCGUAUAUGGGUACAUACCAGGAAGCAGGUUGGUGGUCUAGAUGCGGUGAACAAAGGGGUGGAGGAGUUUGAGCGUGUGGUUAUGAAAGGGAUUGAUGAGCAAUAUAUCUUGGUUGAGGAUUUAGAGAAUAUCGACAUUGCUUUUUAUCUUGAUCUAUGGGCCAGUUUCGAUACAUCUAAAAUCGAAAUCCACGACAAGUUUCCAUUGUACUCCACAACGGAAGAAAACUUGGCCAACUAUAGCAAGAAGCAUACAUUCGAGGUUCAGGCUGAUUUAUUUGAUUUGAUAGAUGCAGAUUCGAUGAAACAAAAGGAGGAAGCGCUUUCGAGUGUGCCAUUUUUCUAUAGAGUUCCACUUGAAUUGCCAUCUAGCCCCUUAGACCAAGUUAAGACUGCCAUAAAGUCCAUUUACAGAUACCCGCACAUGAAAAACUCCAGACAGAUAAAAGAAAUCUUGUCUUCCUACAAUUCAGCAGAUAUUGAAACAGCAUUCACAGAGAUGGAAAAUGAAAAAGAAAUUGUCCGCGUUGACGAAGAAACAAAUCAGUACAAAUUAACAGAAAAGGUGUACGCUGGGCUCACAUCUAAACUUUCGGUACCGUUUUUCAAAGAGGCCGGUUUGUUUUUGGAGAAUGUGAAACAUGUGGUGGAAUCUCAAAAAGGGAUGCUUUUGUCACAGGGAAUAGAGGACGGAAGUGUUGCAGAGUUAUUAUAUUUGUUGUCUUCGAAUGGGGCUUCUUUGGGUCAUAUUGAUGGCGAGUAUGUAUUCGAAGGGUAUGAGUCCAGGUCAAUGGACAAGGAUGCCUUGAAUUGCGACUUGGUGGUUUUCAAAGGACCAAACAAUGUCCCGAUCAACCAAGCUGUUUCGAAAGUGCGCGUGCCAGUGGGGAAGCCAUGCUCAUAUAUAUGGGUAGAUACCAAUGGUCAGAUUGAUGGGAAAUUGUGGACUCAUAUUAUCGUUUCAUUAUUAUACAUUAUUCAUUACCGACCGGGUAUCCAAGCUGCUACUUUGUAUGAAAAAGUUCACAGUUUGUUGAGUGUUUACGAGUUUGCAGUUGUAACCAGAUGGCUCAUCGAUUGCAAGUGUAUUGAGGUGGGUGAUUAUUCUGGAAUUUGGUCCACCCCGAGCUGGUUGUCACUAUUUGGUUACGAUUGA